AUGAGCGAACAUCUCACAAACCUAAAGAACGCGUUUCCCGAGGAGGUAGUCGACAUACUUGAAGGUUACGACUACGUCGUAGUCGGUUCAGGCGCCGGUGGUGGACCUUUAGCCGCAAAUCUCGCCCGUAAUGGCCAUAAAGUUCUCCUGCUCGAAGCAGGGGAUGAUCAGGGAUCCAACAUUCACCAGCAGGUUCCAGGAUUUCAUUUCCUGUCCACAGAGGACGAGAAAAUGCGCUGGGACUAUUUCGUCAAGCACUAUGCGGACGAGACCCUUGCGGCGCAAGACUGGAAAAUGACGUGGGAGACAACCGCAGGAAAAUCGUAUGUCGGCUUGAAUCCACCAAGCGGAUCGAAGCCGAAAGGUAUCCUCUACCCGCGCGCAGGAACGCUUGGUGGCUGUUCGGCACACAAUGCUUUGAUCACCAUCUAUCCCCACGAGAGUGAUUGGUCAAACAUCGCCAAUGUCACCGGCGACACUUCGUGGAACCCGAAGAAUAUGCGCCAGUAUUUCAGGCGCCUGGAACACUGCGAGUAUCUUCCAAAUGGUACAUCUGGUCACGGCUUCACAGGUUGGCUGCAUACAAACCGCGCUGAUCUGGAAUUAUCAUUGCGGGAUUCUAAUAUCCUUUCUAUCAUCACCGCUGCUGCUACUGCCAUGGGAAACACUAUCCUCGGCCUGGUACCUGACAAAGUUGUCCAACUAUUUGGACUCCUGCAGCGGGAUGUGAAUUCUAGUGAUCCUCAUCGGGAUGUGACAGAAGGCGUCUAUCAUAUACCUCUGGCCAUGAGUCAGGCAAAGCGAAGCGGCACUCGGGACUUUGUCGUGAAUACGGCUAAGAAGUAUCCGCUACAUAUCAGGACAAGCUGCCUCGCUACCCGUGUGCUUUUCGAGGAGAAUUCUGUCAUCAGGAACACACCCAAGGCAAUUGGUGUCGAGUUCCUCGAAGGCGACAGCCUGUACAAGGCUGAUCCACGGUCAAAUUUAUCCGCCGCUGGAACCAAGCACCGCGUCCUCGUCUCUCGGGAGGUCAUCCUUGCGGCGGGCGCCUUUAACACACCGCAGCUCCUCAAGCUAAGCGGUGUCGGUCCGAAAGACGAGUUAGAGAGGUUUGGGAUUCCUGUUGUUAAAGAUAUGCAGGGCGUUGGCACCAAUCUGCAGGACCGCUACGAGGUUCCGGUCAUCGGCAAAAUACAGGAUGACUUCCAGAACAUAGCAGAGUGCACGUUCGGGAAGCCUGGAGACCCAGCACUUAGACAGUGGGAGGACCAGUGCGGACCCUAUCUAUCAAAUGGACUCAAUAUUGGCAUGGUGAAGAAGUCCAGACAUGCUGAUGGGGACCCUGAUCUCUUCAUCUUCGGUGGCCCUACCCUCUUCGAGGGCUACUAUCCUGGGCAUUCUGAACGCGCCACCUUCGACAAGAAACACUUCACGUGGGCCAUACUCAAGGCUCACACGCAUAACCGUGAGGGAACUGUCAGGCUCAACUCAGCCGAUCCUCGGGAUGUGCCUGAUAUCAAUUUCAAUUAUUUUGGCACGAGUGCGGCCGCGAAAGAGGCGUCUGAGCGGGACCUUAAUGCCGUCGCUGAAGGCGUUGGCUUCGCACGCCGCAUCAUGGACAAGAACCUAAUGUUCGAUAAUGAGCCCCCUGUAGAACAGUCACCUGGCCAUGGAGUCUCUUCCGUAGAGCAGGUGAAGCAGUUUAUCAGGAAUGAGGCGUGGGGUCAUCACGCUUCAUGCACCUGCCCUAUAGGGCCAGAUGGAGACCCAAAAGCCGUUCUUGAUUCUCGCUUUCGUGUCCGCGGCGUGAGGAACCUGCGGAUAGUUGAUGCAUCUGUCUUCCCGCGCAUUCCUGGAUUUUUUAUUGUCCUUCCCAUCUUCAUGAUCAGUGAGAAGGCGACUGAUGUUAUUCUUGAAGAUAUUAGCGAGACCCGCUGA